CAAGAUGGCCUACUCUUGGGACAACCGUGUUAUGUACAUCAUCAGGUAUUUUUACGACAUCGACAACAACGGUUUCCUGGACAAGAACGACUUCGAGUGCCUGGCCGUGCGCAACACCAUCGUCGAGAGCCGUGGCACUUUUCCCGAUGACGUCUUCGCUGGCAACAAGAAAGUCAUGGCUGAUCUGUGGAACGAGCUUGCCGAGUUGGCGGAUUUCAAUAAGGACGGUGAAGUGAGUGCGGACGAGUUCAAAGACGCUGUCAAGACUCACUGUCAAGGCAAGUCAUAUGCCAACUUCCCUAUGGCUUUCAAGACUUUCAUUGACAAGCAGUUCAGGACUGUCGACGUCAACGGCGAUGGCGUUGUGGGCGUCGAAGAGUAUAGGCUGGACUGCAUCUCCCGGGCGGGAUUCUCUGACGUGGCUGAGAUCGACGAUGCUUACAACAAACUCUGCAAUGACGAUGACAAGAAGAAGGGUGGCAUUACCCUCCCGCGCUACCAAGAACUCUACGCUCAGUUCCUGUCCAAUCCGGAUGAGAAAUGCAAUGCGUGCUAUCUCUUCGGCCCAUUGAAGGUGAUGGGGUAACUCCUCCUGGCCUUAUUGGUUAUUCCCUUUUCUUUUGGUGGUGGUUUUAAAGGGUGUUGAGUAUUCUGUUCCUGCCUCGUUUUUUUUCACUACUUUGAUAUGUUCCUAUGCAAUACCGUGCAAUACCGUGCAUUUUUUUUUUAAUCUCUGGCUCCUUCGGGAUGCUGACGUGGUAUUCGUGAUGGUAUUUGGGUAUGGUUACCUCACGUGGGGGGGGUUGGGGAGGGUUACCUCUUUGGUGAGCGGGACUUCGGCGUAUUUUGUGAACGGAAGAAACCCCCUUAAAUCAUUAGGUCAUUUGAUGGCGUUGAAUUAUUCAUUGUUUCUUGUUAUUGUUCAAUGAAGUUCGAACCUUCAUAA